AUGUGGUCAAGAGAUAUGUCUUAAUUUCCUAUUUUGACAUUCCUAAGAACCCAUUCAUAUUUUCAGCUAUCGGAAAUUAUACGUAAAUAUAAAUUAAUUUAGCUUAGCGAUGGCUCCUCAGGAUGGGGAAUUUUAUCAGUUUAAGUUACUUCAGGAUAUUGCCCAUCAUAUUGUUAAUUGUGUGAAGUAUCAUUUAAAUGUAAGACUUGUAUCUCUGGAUAUUUUUAUUAUCGAAGUGGUAGCUGCAUUAGUAGUUGCUCAGGCCCUUAUUAAAUUUUGA